AUGGGAAAGAUCAUCUUCUACGAAGAUCGGAACUUCCAAGGGCACCAUUAUGAGUGCUCAAGUGAUUCCCCUGACUUGCAGUCUUAUUUCAGUCGCUGUAACUCCAUUCGGGUUGACAGCGGGUGCUGGAUGGUGUACGAACAUUCUAAUUAUGGAGGAUACCAAUACUUUCUGAAGAGAGGGGAGUAUCCUGAUUACCAGCGCUGGAUGGGCUUCAAUGACUGUAUCAAAUCUUGCCGCCUAAUUCCACCACAUCGAGGAUCCUAUCGAUUGAGAAUCUAUGAGAGGCCUGAAUUUGGCGGCCAGAUGAUGGAGUUCACAGAUGACUGCUCAACUGUCUACGAUCGAUUCUGUUACCAGGACAUCCACUCCUGCAAUGUGAUGGAUGGUUACUGGCUCUUCUAUGAACAGCCAAGCUACAGAGGAAGGCAGUACUUCCUGAGACCUGGCGAGUACCGGAGAUUCAGUGAUUGGGGUGCCACAAGUUCCAGGAUUGGCUCAUUUAGACGGAUUACUGACUUUUAA